AUGGCGUCCUUUAAGGAAUUGUCCAUGUCCCGGCCACUGCCCCAGACAGGCCUCCCCGUCCGCCAGAACCACCAUCCCCGACAUCACUCGCACUCGAUCUCGCUUGGAGCCGCCAACUCGAACCACCGCGUCACCCGACGGAAGAGUGUCACCAUCACUGCGGCCGCCAAUGCCGCAGCCGCAGCCGUUGCCACCCUUAAGGACGAGUCCGGCGCCAUCCCCAUGGCCUCCUCCCAACGCAGAACAUUUGCCAAUCGCAAGGGCCUCGAGUCUACCUCUCUCGGAGCCCCCUCCGCUCUGGCCGCGGGGUCCUCCUUUCUCUCGCGAAGUCUGAAUAACCAGAGCCCAGAGCAUGAUCACUACAACCACUACAACCACCACCACCACCACCACCAACAACAACACCAACAACAACAACCACGUACAGCUGCCGCUUCUGCUGCCGCUGCUGCUGCCACUGUUGACCGCAGGCCAUCGCCAAACUCCGACGUUGCAAGUACGUUGAUUGACGACAGUGGCAAGCUCAUCAGCACCAAAAACCGCAAUCGUCGCGCCAGUGAGGGCUCUCCCCUCAUCAAGAGUGACGGCAAGCGUACCAUCCCUGAACUGCGUUGCGACCGUUGCGGGAAAGGGUAUAAGCAUGGCAGUUGCUUGUCCAAGCAUAUGUGGGAACAUGAUCCGGCAUGGGCGAUCACCUCAAAGCUACUGAUUUCCAAACACCAGCAAGUUCAGCUGCUGGAGGCGGCCACCGUCCUGGUCAACAUGAAUAUCGACCCCGUCUCCGCCGAAGAAAGCCUCGAGGCUGACUCUGAAACCUCCUCCCCUUCUCCCGGUGCCUCGUCCGAGAUCCGCGAUGGCCUCAGUUCCACCGAAACCACCCCGCCGCCUAUGGAGGAGGCUGACGAAGACCAAGCCGAUUGGGACAUGUCCGGCGUGCCCGCUGCGGGCCCCAAACGCUUCAGCGUCAGCAAUAUCUCGGGCUACUCGCGCUCCUACCAAUCCAUCCCCUCGAGUUCUUUCAACGGCAGCGCCCCACUCCACUCCCCCGCCUUCUCCUCCCAUUUCCGCCAGUCGAGCAUCGACACUCGGCCCUCCACCGCCGAUACAAAACUGCCGGACGAGGACGAGGCUGAUCUGGCCGCCGCCAUUGGCCUGUGCAAUUUCGGCACCCCGCGCACCGGCCCCGUGCCCAUGUCGCCCGAUGUGCCCCCUGUGCCUCCGCUGCCCGCGCGAUUCCUGGACUCACAAGGCAGUCGUCACAGCAGUCUGGACCACUCGGCAACGGCAGCGGCAGCAUCAAUGGAUAAUGGACUUUCUUCUCCCUUCAUGGGAUCCGCCACCACGCCUAACAUUUUUGGGGUCUCAUUCAACCCCUCCCUCUCGUACAAGGUAUCGGACGAGCGAGAAGUUCGCAUGGGAGACGGCGAUCGCGAAUCCAGGCACCGUCGUAACAACGAUGUUGACUUUGGCAGCCGCCCGACUGUCUCGGUGGACGACGACGACGACGGAGUCUUUGGCCGAAUGGAGGAGUAA